ACUACUACCGCACAGCUCACCAAGUCUGGAACCUGAACAACUUCUACCCCCAAGCCAUAGGACUGCUAAAUAGUUAGCUGCACUGACCCAUUUUUGCAUUAACUGACUCCUCACAUACGCUGCUGCUACUGUUUACUAUCUGGUUUAUAGACAUAAAUGGUCGGAGCACGUCAAACGAAAGACUAGUUUCUCAGUGACUCGUUCAAUUUAAUCAUGACUCGAGUCAGUAAAGAAUCGUUCAAAAAUAACGACUCGUUUGCGUACUACAUAUCACUACUGCGCAAUGUACCUGCUAACUACUACUUGCUAGCUUCAUUGACAAACAGAGUUGGAACUGAGCUAGAAAGUGAUUUUGGGCACUGAUAAACCGCGUGUAAGUUAGCUGGUGCUGUAUUUACGAUAGUUUGACAGCUUGCAGAAGACGAAGUUAGACAUGUUCUCAGAAAUCAGUCCUGAGCGCGCGGCCAGACUUUCCCGACUCGAUCGACAAUGCAGUACACUUACUACUUAUUAAUGCACAUGUUUUUACUUGAAAUGCUGCAAACACUAAAGCUACAGUUAACGUGUAUGUAAUUAUCGUAAUAGUAACAUUCGAAGCAUAUGGGUUGGGUUAAUGUCAUACUAUUACAUUUAGCUAGCUACAUUAGCUAGUAAAUGUUGUCGAGGCGUGUUGGCUAGCUAACGUUUAGCUACCAAUACAACGUUAAUAUCUAAAGUCUGUCAAAUUAAUUGAACAUAAUUAUCUACUCACGUUCUUGUAUAAGGGUUCAAUAUUUUAUCUUCAGGACAAAAAUAAUGACUAACUUUCGCGCUAUUUCGUCUUGCUAGCCUUUUUGUAACUGGAUUUUCAAAUUUUGGAUUCCGCGGGUUUAGUGGACGAACUAGUUACCACAGCCACAAUUAUGGUUAAACCCCGCCUAUUUCUACAAUUUCUCUUUUUAACUAUUUAAAAAAAAAAACAAACCUUGACCACACUGGCAAUUUUAUGCCAAAACGUAAUCUUCAAUUAAUACCAAAAAGCUAAUUUUAGUUUAAGAUUUUUUUAGGACGUAGACAAUUUUGACUUUGGCAAACUAGGGAUAAGCGGUCAGUAGUUUAGAAGUUGAUGUGACAACGUUGACGUCACGUGAUCCAACAUGGCGGCGCUCGCGUCCUUGAUGUUCAAGUCCAGAUCAGGUCUUCUGCUCCCUUGCCAGUCCUCUCUUGUGGACUGGGUGCGCUUUGCAUCCAAGAAGGCAGGCGGUAGCAGCAAGAACCUCGGGGGAAAGAGUCCCGGUCGCAGAUAUGGCUUCAAGAGAACAGACGGUAGCUACGUGAAAGCUCUUAUUUGGAACUUUGUCCAUGCUGGCAACAUCCUAGCAACACAGAGGCUCAUGCGGUGGCAACCAGGAGCACAUGUGGGGAUUGGAACCAACAACACCCUUUAUGCCCUGGAGGAUGGCAUUGCCAGGUUCACUAAGGAGGUGUAUGUUCCAGCCCCACGCAGCACUGAGACAUUCAAGGUCAUCACCAAGUUGCCCAUGGGAACUGUGCUCUACAAGACCUUUAUCAACAUAGUGCCCAACAAACAAGAGGGCAAAUUCAAACUGGUUGGCAUGUUCUGAAGACUGCUGACUCAUUCAUAUUCCACUCUGUGGAAGAUGAAAUCCUACUUUUUCUAUGGACUUGGCGGAUUGAAAGGUUCUGUUCAACCGCGGACUCCUUUGUCGUGAAUGUUGUGGAACCGAGCUGCUGUGUGGUGAGGAGGAUUCUGGAAGUUCUGAGGGAAUUCCUCAAAGCUUCCUGUGUUGUUGUGGUGACCGUUGCCAUAUUUUCAUUGAUCCUACACAAUUUGACUAUGGUCGAAAGUUUAAUCAACAGGCACCUACCUGACUUAUUGUGCUGUAAGAAGACUCCAUCCAAUAUAGUUUUUUAUGAACUGGGUGGUUUGAGCCCUGAAUGCUGAUUGGUAUUUUUACUGCUCUAAUGAUGUUGGUAAUCAGUUUAUAAUAGCAAUAAGGCACCUCGCAGGUUUGUAGUAUAUGGCCAAUGUACCACAGCUACGGGCUGUAUCCAGACACUCCGCUUUGCGUCGUGCCUGUAUAUUGGCCAUAUACCACACCCCUUCGUGCCUUAUUGCUUAAAUAGAUAAUCAUGACAUCAGCAGUCUGUUAUGUGCAUUGUAAGCUUAGUCAAUGGAACAAUUUCAUGUGUAUCCAAAAGUAUUUCAUUUUUGGGAAUAUUUUUGUAUCAUCUGGGGGGAAAACUCUGUAUGGUUGACAAGGAAAACAUGAAAACACCCCUUGAUCAA